AUGUCGAAAUCCACAAUAAUCUUUUUAUUUGUAAAGUUAGUGAUAUUUUGGGUAGUUACAACAAUUCUUGUAUCGGCAUUGACCGAAGAUAUAUGCAAAGAAUCCAGCAACCCAGAGGCAUGCAAGAAAACAAUAGAGAGGUUAAAGAAAGAAAAAGAAGUCGAUCCCAAUAACACCAUUCGUAAGAUCAUCAAUUUCGGCCUUCAAAGAAGCCUAAUGCUAAAGGCAAACAUGACGGAUUGGGCCCGACGUGGAAAUCUACAAGCCAAUGAGGUUGCGGCUAUCAAGGGUUGUUUAGACGCGAUUGAUGUUACCGUUGAUGACAUGAGGAAAACCCUAAAGGAGGUAGAUGACUUAGAGGCUGCUCAAAAGAUACAGGACAUGCAAGAAUUCAUGUUCCAUAGUAGAAACAUCAAAACGUGGCUUCAAAACGCCGUCAACGCUCUCCAAUCCUGCCAGGAUGAUGAUUUUGCAAUGCCUGGAUUGGAAGGUCCGGUAAAACAAGAUACAUUGAAAAAAGUCGCGGAUUUGAUGAUCGCAACUCAACUUGCUAUAUGGACCAUUGAAUUUCCUUCACGAGGUUCAAAUAGGCGUUAA